UCUUCCUGCCGCGUCCGCGCUGGGGAAGUGAGAAGAAGGAAAGUCGCUGGGAGUCCGGAAGUGGUGACGUCAUGAGUUGCCAGACUUUACCUGAGUGUUUGUCAGUAGACAUGUUGGAAGAAGAAGAAGAAGAAGAAGACCUGGAGGUGUUCAGUAAGAAAAUGUCGAAUGAGACUCCAUUGCCCAGCACUCCCAGCUCGCUGGUUAACCAGUACCACCUGGAUGGAGAUGAGGAACAGCAGAUGGACGCCAAAGACCUGUUUGUCACGGUUGACAAGCCAGAGAGUCACAUCACGGCUUUAGAGACGUUCAUCAUGUACAGAGUUCUGACCAAGACCACGAGAAGUGAGUUCGACUCGUGUGAGUAUGAGGUCUGCCGGCGCUACCAGGAUUUUUUCUGGCUACGAAGCAGACUGGAAGAAUCCCAUCCAACUCUUAUUAUACAUCCUCUGCCAGAGAAGUUUGUGAUGAAAGGAAUGGUGGAUCGCUUCAACGAUGACUUCAUUGAGACCAGGAAGAACGCCCUGCAUCGCUUCCUCAACAAGAUGGCCGAGCAUCCCAUCCUGUCCUUCAGCCAGCACCUGAAGGUCUUCUUGACCGCUCAGGACUUCCAGUCCCACAAGAAGCAGGGUCCGGGCUUCCUGAGUCGGAUGAGCGACACGGUGCGGGCAGUGGCCAACUCCGUGCGUGGCCUCAGGAGCCGGCCGGAGGAGUUCUCUGUCAUGCAGGACUAUGUGGAGAACUUCAGCAACAAGAUCUCAGCCGUGGACAAAGUUUCUCAGAGGAUCAUCAGAGAGCAACGAGAGUAUUUGGACGAGCUGAAGCAGUAUGGGCCCACAUACAGCCAAUGGGCCGACACCGAGGAGGAGCUGGGCGAGCCCCUGGGACGUGUCGCCUCCUGUGUGGAGCGAUGCUGCAAAGAAACAGAAACUCAGAUCCAUCAUCUGUCCGAGGUCCUGGUCCCUACUCUUCACGAGUACGUGCUCUGUGGUGAAGUACUCAAGGCUGUGAUGCGACGGAGAGACAAUAUCCAGACCGACUUUGAGACCAAAAACGAGGCGCUAUUAUCCAAAAAGACAGAACUGGAAGCUAGUCAGCUGCAGGAUGAAGUCAAUGUUCUGGCAGAUCGGAUGGAAUUGGCCAACAAUGCAUUGAGAGGAGACUGGGUCCAUUGGCAGAACAGCGCAAGAGAAGACCUCAAGUCAGCCUUCAUCUCGACAGCUGACAAGAAUGUCGACUGUUAUGAACAGUGCCUUGCAGUGUGGGAAUCCUUCCUGCUGUCUCAGAGAAGAGAGGACAUUGAAGAGAGACAUGAAGAUUCCAUUUAAAAUAUGAAGUUCAUUCCAACGUGUAAAUUCCAAACUCUUUCUGUACAUUUCUAUGUACUUGAUUUAUGUAAACAUGUCACAGACAAGAACAUUCCA